AGAUACUGAUGUGUAAUAUGUGAAAUCGGUAUGUACCCAUGUCACGUAGCUCCUUUUCGCAAUGUAUCAAAUUAUUUUUGACUCAUUAUCAAGAUGUAAUUCAUGAAAAGGUCAAUAUCAUACUAUAAACAAUCUAUGCAUGGCAUGCAAGCAAAAAUUAUUAUGAAAAUCUACUUUACCGGUGAUGUGUAUUGUGAAUGUAUAGAUAGAUGAUUUUUGUUGGUACAGGAAGGAGAAUAAAAUACAUAUUUGUAGAGAGUUCCUGGAUUUUUUGUUUACCGUGCCGUGAAUAAAAACAAGGAUAAUGUUACAUAAACAGUUUUCAGCUACGAUUGAUUUAAUACUUGUUCUACUUGUAUACAAGGUGGUAUUGGCUUUGAAUAAUGGAACAGAUUGUGGAGCAGCACUUGAUAUGGUUCAAUUCAAUGUUACUAAGGUGAUGGAGCCGUAUCAAAACAGUCGUUGUGGCAAAGAUUGUUACCAGGUUCAAUACACAGGAAUUGAUACUAAGGCGCUCACAAUGACUGAUAGAAGUGUUUCUACGAGAACUGGGAAAGAAUUGCAAAUAUCAGAUGAAUAUGUGGACAUGAGCAGUAGUUCCAUAUAUCUCAUAGUAAAUGAAAUCAAACCUAACAACCUCUAUGAUUUUGAAUUCACAUUUCAUGACAACAACACGUGUGAAUAUAAUAUUACUGUUCAGUACCCUAGCCAAGAUUCUUGUGGAACAGCUCAGAUAGUUUUAUUGAAUGUUACUCAGGUGUUAUAUGAGAACGAAAUCUGCUAUGAAGUUGACUACCAGAAUUUUGGUAGUGGGUCAUUUAGUGUCAUUGAUAUAAAAUGUAUUUCCACUGAAACUGAGGAAAAGUUGGUUAUAUCCAGGAAUCUUUCAGAAAUAACUCAUAAUGCCUUUUAUCUCACAAUAAAAGAUAUGAAACCUAACAAAACCUAUGACUUUGUAUUCACACUGCAGAACUUGACAACUGCUUGUGAAGCACCACAUAUCGUUCAAUUGAAUGUUAGUAAGGUGAUGGAGGCGUUUCAAAACAGUCAUUGUUCCAAAAAUUGUUACCAGGUUAAAUACACCAAAACUGGUAAUGGGACGAUUACAAUGAUUGCCAGAAGAUGUGUUUCUACGAGAACUGGUAAAAAUUUGAACAUUUCAAAAGAAGAAUAUGUGGAUAUAAGCAGUAGUUCCAUAUAUCUCCCAAUAAUAGACGAUAUGGAACCUAACAACCUCUAUGACUUUGUUUUCACAUUCAAUGAAAGCGGGUGUAUUUAUGAUGUUUCUGUUCAGUACUUCAGCCAAGAUUAUUGUGGAACAUCUCAUAUGGUUUUAUUGAAUAAUGUUACUCAGGUGUUAUAUAAAAACGAACACUGCUAUAAAGUUGACUACCAGAAUUAUGGUAAUGAGUCAUUUAGUGUCAUUGAUACAAAAUGUAUUUCCACUGAAACUGGGGAAGAGUUGUCUAUAUCCAGGUUUCUUUCAGAAAUAACUCAUAAUGCCUUCUAUCUCACAAUUAAAGAUAUGAAACCAAACAAAGUCUAUGACUUUGUAUUCAAACUGCAAAACCAUAAGUCUAAAACUGGUUGUACUUAUAAUACCACCUUUCAGUACCAUUACCAAGAAAAAGCACCUAUCAUUUACGCUAUAAUCGGACUACUUGCAUGCAUAGUAUUUUUUGCUGGUGUGAUAAUUUUCAACAUUGAAACUUUGUCCGAAUGCAUGGUUAACAUAGUGGAAGGACUGAGAAAUCGUUUGUACAUGGUGGAAUCAGAAAUUAACAUGACUGAGAUCAAUGUGGCCCAGCCUAAGAUAGUUGCGAAAGAAGAGGUAAACCUGCUCUAUGAGAAACUAGAAGAAAAGAAUGCUGAUCUCUACGAAUUUCCUAGUCGAAAUAUAGAAAUAAAAGUGAAGAUAGGGGAAGGUGAAUUUGGAAAAGUUUACUAUGCCAAGGCUCACAGACUGUUUGGCUAUCAAGGAUACAGUAUUGUAGCAGUCAAACAAUUGAAAAGUAAGAAUUUUGAAACAUCCUACAUACAAAUUGAAACCACUGCAGAAAGGAUAGAAAGAUUAUCAGCGAAACCUAAAGAUCAAAAAAUGUGGGACUAUGAAAUACAAACAUCCAAUGAUAAUCAGUCUAUUUCUAUGGCAGAUUUGAAAAUUCUGAAAAUUUCAGAGGAGGUGGUGGAAUAUAACAAGGACGCUAACACUCCACUUCUGCAAGAUGUCAGCAUUCGCCCUCCUCCUGCCUUAGAUCACAUAGAACUGCAAAAUUUCGCACUACAAAUAGCUAGUGGGAUGGAACAUUUGGAACGAAUUGGGGUCACUCAUAGGUAUGUGAAUUGUUUUCGGACAUUAAAAGUAAUGGGAGUAGGAGCCCAACCAUACGAGAACAUGUUGUGCCACCACGUCCUGCUGUUUUUGAAGUCUGGCCAACGUCUGGGCAGACCGGAAAUAUGCUCAGACGACCUCUACGACCUCAUGCUGAACUGCUGGAAGGAACAUCCCGACGACCGUCCGGAUUUUUCCGAGCUGGUGCAGCUGCUCCGGGUCAAAAAAAUGCCCGUCUACGUCGAGUUCAACAAGAUCAAGCCCGAUUACAAUUUCCCGAAGGCGUUUGCGGAGGAAUGAUGGUUGCGGGAUGUGGAGAAUGUUUGAGUGAUGUAUUUCUCUCGAAAAUCCUUUUCUGGGUCUGAGAAAAGUGGAGCUGAAGGAAGUGGAUAUAGGUGUUUUUUUUAAACAACAGAAAUUUGUUUAAGUGAACCGUUCAAAGUAUUAUUUUCUAUGAUUGCCACAAAAGCUAGUGAAUCGAUCAAUUAUAUUUUAUCUGGAAUGAUCGCAGUAUAUAUAUAUAUUAUAUAUAUAAUGUAGUUUUCGAGAAAAUCAAUGUUCUAUUUAUGAAAUUCCAAAGUGAUCAAGAAUUUGAUCUUUGGGUGUGAAAAAUGAAGUUCUGUCACACUUGAGUCAUGAAAAAGAUAAAUUCAUGGAAUUCCAUAAGAAGGCUUCUAUAUAUAGUCGGUUAAUAAAACGAAUCAUUGGAGUUUUAAACUUUAUUUCAAUAGAUGCUCUGAUAUAACACAGUGAACAAUAAUAAAUUCAUUAUAUUUUAAACAUGCAACUAUUCAAAAAAAUAACAGGGACAUGAAUAUAAAAUAUACAAAUAUACUCUAAUAAGGGUAGUCCAGUGUUUUUGUGAUGACAUAUAGAAAAUAAAUUAAAAAAAAAGGUCGUUUCACAACAGAAUAAAUUAAAAAAUAGAGACUUAAAAAUCCAUGUAUAAAUUAGAGGUCAUAAAAAUAUUGACAUUUAUAUAAGAUGCUAUCUAAAAUACACAUUUAUUUUCCACCGAGAAAAAACGCCCCGAAGCGUUUCCUAGAACACAUUGAAAAAAAAACAGAACCACUCCGGAGCGCCACUCCUCCACAAAAACCACCCCCCUUCGUCUAACCAGAUCACAAUUUCAGUUCCCAUAUCACGAUAUGAGCAUCGUUACAAUUCGCCUCCCUCCCCACCUUUCCCCCCUUCUCAACCCCACAACACGGCUGCCUCGUAUUCACAUACCCCCUACCCCCCAUCAACGUAAUAACAGUCCUCCUCCCAUUAUCAAAACUCGAGUUCUUUGCCUUAGAAACCGUUCGGACUUGCUCAGGCUCUUUCUCCUUGUUAGCCUUCGAAACGCUUGAAUUGUUCCUAGAAACGCUUCUGCCCAAAUUCAGUCUCAGCGCCAUACUCUCCUCCGAACCGGAUGAUGUGCACAAACUCGACGACCUCGAGUCCACCGACCAAUUAGAAAGGUCCAACGAUCUCGGCCUUGAAACUUUCAUCUUCAGGCGGCGGUCGAGAGUGCUCACCCUGUUGGGCAGCGCGGCCAAUUGGGGGUCGCUUCGCCGCAGGGACUCGUAUACGGGGUCGGUGAGGAUGUUGUCUUCGCGCUCGUAGUCCUUCACGUACAUGAGUUCGCUGUAGAGGCCAUAUACGUUGUUGGUGUCCGAGCUGGAGGUUUGCGAGGAGGUGGUGGAGGUGGAGAAAAUCGAGCCGCCGUUGCCG